CCCCUGCUGACAUUUUUUUUUCUGGUGGUCUACAGUAUGUGCGUGUGUCUGAGCGUGCGUGGUGCCAUGUGACAGGGGGUCCAGAGUUGUCCAGCCUCGUUUUUUUUUGUGUGACUCCCUUGCAGUUGCCUGGAUCGUGUUACUGGCUGCUCCCCGCACCGCUGAGCCCACCACCUCUGCGCCAAUCACAGCCUGCCUUCACCUACGCGCACAUGCACGCACGCACGGGCUCAGACCCUGAGUACUGAGUGACACACACGGCGAUCCACCGCUCCCGGUUCUCCGCUGCCUUCACAUGCGUCCCCACCGACUCCGCGUAGCGCUGGCUGCGCCAAGAUGAGCGGUCCUCCCGGUACCAUCUGAACACCGCCUGCCUGACCCGGAGCCGCGGAGAGAGACAUCCAGACAGACAGACAGACAGACAGACAGACAGACAGACAGAGAAAGAGACCGUCUUUCCUCUCUCACAACCCAUCUUCCGUUCGCUUGGAAGCACUGCAUAUCUUUCGGCAUCUUUUCCUUUUUUCUCACCCCUCCUCUUCUUCCUCCUCCUCCUCCUCCCUUUGCUGCAUCCCCUCCGUUAUUGUCGGUUUACAGGAUAAACCGGAGAGCCAGCUUGUGGAAAUACAUUUUUUUUUUUGCAUUUUUUUUCCUGCCUAGUGUUGGUAGCGCGCUGUCGGUGCGCGCUUUGCAAAUUCCGUUGAAUGGUGGAUUUGGCAAACAUGGAGACCGUGGAGAAGGAAUGCGGGGCCCUCGGGGGUUUAUUCCAGGCGAUUGUCAACGACAUGAAGUGCUCCUAUCCUGUGUGGGAGGACUUCAGCGCCAAGGCCACCAAGCUGCAUUCCCAGCUCCGAACCACGGUUCUGGCUGCUGUAGCCUUCCUGGAUGCCUUUCAGAAGGUGGCAGACAUGGCUACCAACACCAGAGGGGCGACCAGAGACAUUGGUUCAGCUCUAACCAGGAUGUGCAUGAGGCAUCGCAGCAUUGAGGCCAAACUGCGCCAGUUCACCAAUGCUUUGAUGGAGAGUCUGAUCAAUCCUCUCCAGGAUAAGAUUGAGGAUUGGAAGAAGACAGCCACCCAGCUGGAUAAAGAUCAUGCCAAAGAGUACAAGAGGUCACGCCACGAGAUCAAGAAGAAGUCAUCUGACACCAUGAAGCUGCAGAAGAAGGCCCGUAAAGAGAUCCAGGGGCGAGUGGACCUGCAGCCCCAGCUGGACAGUGCCAUGCAGGAUGUGACUGACAUGUGUCUGCUGAUGGAGGAGAUGGAGAAGCAGGCAGUGCGCCGCGCCCUAGUGGAGGAGAGGGGGCGCUUCUGCACAUUCAUCGGCUUCCUGCAGCCUGUUGUGAAUGGAGAGAUUGCCAUGCUGGGAGAGAUCACACACCUCCAGGCCAUCAUUGAUGACCUCACUGUGCUGACAACUGAUCCUCACAAACUGCCGCCAGCUAGUGAACAGGUGAUAAAGGACCUUAAGGGGUCGGAUUACAGCUGGUCCUAUCAGACCCCCCCCUCAUCCCCCAGCAGCUCCUGCUCCCGCAAGAGCAGCAUGUGCAGCAGCGUCAACAGCGCCCACAGUAGUGCCUCCCGUUCAUCAGGGGGAGGCGGUGGUGGUGGUUUUGGUGGAGGCGGUGGAGGCUCCCAGCCCCACUCACCCACCUCAUCCUCCUCCUCCUCCUCCUAUCGCUACCGCAGCAACCUGCCGCAUCAACCCCCACCACCGGGGGGCAUAGCGGCACACCGCCUCAGCAGCGUCUCCUCCCACGACUCGGGAUUCGUGUCCCAGGAUGCAAACAUCUACUCCAAGCCCCCCUCACCCAUGCCCUCGGACAUCACUAGCCAGAAGUCGUCCAGCUCAGCAUCGUCAGAGGCCUCAGAAACGUGCCAAUCAGUCAGUGAAUGCAGCUCCCCCACCACUGAUUGGUCCAAAGCAGGUCAGUACGAGCAUGCAGGGGCGGCAGCGGUAGUUCAGAGAAGAAAGGAACCGCUUGAUAGACUGAGGGAGAACGAGAUGUCGCCGGUCUCCCAGGGAUACGCCACACCUACUCAGCCCGAGGACGCGCAGAGACACAGGAUGACACCGGCCAACAUGGCUGCCAAGCAUGGAGAUGAGGUUUCUCCAGCAGCCAGUGACCUGGCCAUGGUUCUGACCAGAGGACUGAGUAUGGAGCAGCAGAAGAGCAACAGGGACUCUCUGCAGUACUCCAGUGGCUACAGCACAGAGACUACAACCCCAUCCUGCUCUGAGGACACAAUCCCCUCCCAAGGUUCUGAUUAUGACUGCUACUCAGUGAAUGGUGAUGCUGAAGGUGCAGAUGGCCAGACAGAGUUUGACAAGUCCUCCACAAUUCCUCGCCACUCUAACAUCGCUCAGAACUACCGGCGCAUGAUCCAGACCAAGAGACCAGCGAGCACAGCCGGACUACCCAGUGGGGUUCUAGGUCCUGGGGGUCAUCUUAUAUCCGGGGGAGGUGGUUCAGGUACUCCAGGCACUGCCACCAUCCGCCGAACCCCGUCUACGAAACCGGGCGUGAGGCGCACACUGUCCAGCGCGGGGCCUAUUCCAAUCCGACCACCCAUUGUGCCUGUCAAGACACCAACUGUUCCAGGAGACUCACAUUCACCUGGGGCAAGUGGUGGGUACGCAGGUGGAGCCCACUCAGGUGGGGUGCCUGUACGUGUGGGUAGUGAGGAGUGUGUCUUCUUUACUGGAGUUGAGGAUGCACAGGGAGCGCUUGAUUAUGUGAAGGCAUCACCGAAGCGCCUCAGCCUGCCUAAUACCGCCUGGGGAUCAGGGGCGGCAUUAGAGAUCUACACCCAGCAGCAUGGAGGCCUUGCCAUGGGAACAGGCUCAGGGGCCGGGUCAGAGGAGGAUCAAAUGAUCGCGGCCAAUCGGCACAGCCUAGUGGAAAAGAUCGGCGAGUUAGUUGCCAGUGCACACGCCCUUGGAGAAGGGCAGUUUCCUUUCCCCGCCCUCCCUGAUGACCCGGCCCUGCAGCCAACCGGCCCCACCGAUAGUGAGAUAGAGAGGGCAGAAGGGUCCGGCGACAUGUUGACCACCAUCAGGAGAGGGGUCCGUCUCCGCAAGACCGUAUCCAAUGACCGCUCAGCACCACGUAUCUUGUGAUUCGAGGAGAAGCAGGAAUAAGAUGAUACUUGUCAGCCAAUAGGGAGUCAGGUGUUGGUGUGGUGCAACCCAACAGCCUAGUACAUACACAAACACUUAACUAUGUAGGGAAAGCUAUAAUAUAACAGAUAAUGAAUAAAAACAUACACAAAAAAAGUUUAAUGACACCAUUAGAGUAAAUGAUAUAUAAUAUAAUGAUAAUAAUAACAUUAAUGAUGUUAACUCAUGGUGACAAAUAAAAGUGAAAUACUGAAUAUUGACAGGCUCCUAGCAGGCCACUAUAACUAGUGUAUGUUGGACGCAUGUUUGUCUUCUUUACACCUUCACCCAGGGACGAAAAACAGAUACGUGAAAAAAAAAAAAAGGCAAAGAAAGAGAGAAAGACUGGGUUCUGUUUGUCAAUUACACCUUUCCCCAUCCUCUUCUCCAACUAACCCGACUGUCUACUCCUAGAUGAAAGACUAAUGACUGAUGGAGGUCCCUGUGGGGGGUGAUUAAGAGGGGGGGUCAGAGUGCCAUGUGACCAGCUGGAUUAGAACCCAGGCUAUCUCAGCAGCGACAUACUGUACUUAUUAGCCCACUGAACUUUAGCUUUGGUAUUAGCACGGGGAGCUAACAGGCCAGAGGUCCCCUCUGGUUCAUCCUAAUGUAAAAGAGUGUUUAAAAAAUACUGUUGGCAUUGAACCGUGCUAGUUCCCCCUUCCCCUCUCUUGUGUGUGUGGUGCAUUCAUGUGUAUGCAUGUGGGCAAAGGCGAGUGUGUGUGCACGUGAUUGAUUGUUUGUGUGUGCGCGAGGGGGGUGGGUAGAGCUCUGCUGCAGGACAGCUGGUUACCCAAUGAGGGCAGGGCUUUUCUCCUGUGUGUUGUACCUGUAUUUUCUUGUUUAUAUCGUGACGUCAUUUACCUUGUUACAACUGUACGAGAAGUAAUCCAGGCGUAUAGAUAUAUUCAUAUAUAUUUUCUAGAACCAGAGAGAAAAUGUUAAAUCAGAAAUGGAGCAAUAAAUGUGUUUUAUUUUCUUGUUUCUAAGAAGAGGAUAAAUGGAGGACUGUGGGUUCUCCUUUAUCACAUUCAGGCAAUCAUCAGGAAUGCUAAAUUACAUGUUGACUGUGAAUUCAUGCCUCACCACUUUGGUGUGUCUCUCUCUCUGUCGCUUUUUCUUUCUAGUGGAGGAAAUGGAUUUCAAAAAUGUUGAAAAACGCUCAAACUGUAAAGCACUUUGAAAGGUAGAGUAUGUACAAUAGCUGCUAGAUGUUGCUGUAGUCAUACCUUAUGCAAGGGAGAGAAAAAGUGAAAGAGAUGGUUGCCAAUAAUAGGGAGGGAUAUUAUUUAAUGUGUUAUAGAAGACAGGGAGGGACAAAGAGGAAGUGAUAAAGACCGGUGGAAUUGAAGUAAUUGGUGGAAGAAGAGCAGGGAUGAGAAAGUUGGGCACAAAUAUUUAUCUAAAAUGUUGAUUGAACGUCAGAGCUCUUCAGGGUUCUACAAGCCUUUGUGCUUCUGUGGAUGGUGAAUUAAGUGGUUGCACUCAACACAUAUUGCAAAAUAUACACAGCACAGAUAGUUGAGAGUACUUUGGGAUAUAGGCUUUAGAAGGUCACUCGACCUGAAUGACAAAAACAGUCAGCCCAUAAAAUUGAUUAUGGAAAUGUCUAAUUUCUAAUGUCCAAAGUAAGGUAAAUUACAAAAUAGCAUUCACUCAAGUUCAUGUGCAAAUAGAUAUCAGUACAUUGGCUUAUCCGCAAAUGUGUUCUUACCUGUACAUACUGUAUAUCUUUGCAUUAUGAAAAAGCUGAGCAGCAGCCUUUUGCCUAAGAUUGGCUCCUCAAGUUUUAUUUAUAAGGACACCAUACAACAAAGGUAAUAUAUCGUACAGAGGAUCAUAUUUGCAAUAAUGUUACCAUAGUAGACAAAAAAUGACUUUGAGGGAGAGCACGCAGUUAGUUGCACAGUGUUGGGCAGUGGUUAGCUGAAAGCUAGCAGUUAGCAGCUCUGGCUUUGGCCACGCCUUUAGUUGAAGAUAGGAUUUAUCUUUAGGUAAACAGAAUUUUAAACUCAGUGCUUUUGAUGAUCGGUAAUGUGUAGUUGAAAAAAAAUAAAACUUGCCCAACACUGUUUAUUUAAUUGAGGGAUUUACCCUGUUUGUGUAUGUAAUGCUAAGCUAAACGUUAACAUUUAGAUUAGCAUGUUUUCAGUCACAAACAGUACAUACAGUGCCACUAAUCAUGUCCUUUAACUGAACCUGUGUCUCAAUUUGGAUACUUCCAUUAGUGCCAUGUACUUGUGUAGUGCUUGAAUUUCAACAGUGUUGUGUUGCUUCAAAGCUGACAGCUGUUGUGAAGUAACCUAAAUUGACUCACAUUUGAACAUCCCUUUUUAUUUUGAUCGUAUAUUGCAACAGGAAAUAUAUCUAGCCACCUUAUUGGCAAGUCUGGUGGUAACUGCCCUUUGACUAGAUAGCCAAAAUAGCGACCACUGCUCCUAGUACCAGGAAGAGGGUUUCAUCCCUCCAAUUCUAUUCUAUUCUAUUAUUGAGGGUAAGAAUUAUCCAGUGUUCCACACGUCACUUUUUGACUGUUAUAAGUACAACAACCAGGCAUUCAUAGUGCACUUCUGCCAUACUUUCACAAUACGGAAGUCCACAAAUUGAGACACAGCACAAGUGUUUCUAUCCCAGUUUAGCUUAGCUUAGUGCUAAUAACUCAGUUCAGCUCAGGACACGACUGCAUGAAAGGAUUAUUUAUGGACUUGAAGAUGUGGUGAAGAAAAAGGUGAAGCCUGUUUGAUACGCUCUCUGAUGACAAAUAAGCAGGAGUGUUAAAUUAGACUUUAGAAACUGACGGAGAGAGGACGAGAGCAAUGAGCAUUUCACUGCCUGUUCAUACAAUAUGUGUUGUACUUGUAAAUGAGAAUCAGGCGCGCAUAUUUGGCAUUAAUGGUUUGUUAAACAAAAAUGUACAUUGAAUUUUCAGUUUCGGUAUUAUUCUUUUUUCAUUCCGCAGUAUUGUUUGAAUAUUUUGUCUUAAUUUUAUUUUAUGUAAAAGAAUAAGAAAUCACUCCACAUGUAACACAAACUAUUAAGCUGUGUCAUAUGUGGAUGUAGGAUGGGUGGGCCGAGUGUGAGUGUGUCCUUGUUUGGUCGGUGAACUCUUUACGUCUGUACGCUCUUCUAACAGAAGGCAUCAGCACUCUUAUAGUAAAUGCCCUAUUUUUAACUUAUUUCUGAACUGUUUUAAAUAUAGUUGUGGCCCUUAAAAAUAAUAUAAUGAUAAUUCAAUUUAAAGGGUGAGAGAGGAUAAUGUUUAAAAUGUGUAAACACAAUGUGUGUGUGUUUUCACAUGUGGAUGAUGUGUGUUGUAUCAGCUGGGUGAGAGGGUAGAAGGGGAGAGGACCUCCCUCAAGAAAAAGAGAAAUUGUUCAUCUGUAAGACCACCAAUGGAAGUCAAAGUGUACAUGAAUAUAGGUAUGGAUGCUGAAUGUACUGCAAUGUGUAGGGGGGACAUUUAACUGUUUGUGUUUGACUUGCUUGAAUGAUUGCAAUGUCAUGACUUUGUUCUUGUACAACUGAAUGAAGUUUAAACAGUAGGAAAGCAAUACAGAGGUAGUGUGCAUGUGCGUACAUUCAAGUGUGGGUAUGUUAAAGGAAAAUAGCUCUGUUUUGUUUUGGUUCACCAUCUUAAAGCUAUAUCACAUUGCCAUCUCUCAAUGGGAUGAUAUAGAGUUACCCUUCACUAUAUUUCCAAGGACACUGUUAGAGCCAAUUCCAAGAGUCUGAAUGCGUAUGUGCUGUAUGUUUAUUCAUUCUAGUGCACAUUGAAUUCACUGCCAGUUAUCUAUAUUAGUCAUUGCUUGAUUAAAGCGUUUAUAAUUCCCUGCAAAACAGACAUGCUGCUUAAUUCCAAAAGAUGGAUUACAACUCAGGAUAAGAGCAGGAUUUCACAUUGAGUCAGAUGAGAAAAAGUCAGAUCAUAUUGAACACACUGGCCUUUGAUGAGUGUGAGAUGAGUGUACAACACUGCUAUUUUCCUUUAAAAUGCCAAAUUAACAGCACAAAAAGUUAUCUAAACUAAAACAAUAAUGUCUUUUUUUAACAUGCUGAAUUAACUGUGUACUGAACUAACUGUCUGAUCAAGCUGAAACUACUACUCUGCUACACAUAUAUCAUUAUGCCCAUUUUUACGAGUAUGUGUUUGUGGGUAGAAAUAGGUCUACUGGCUACAAUGAAACAGACAUACAUAAAAACAUAUCGGCAGAUGUACAUGCGUGCAGGCAUGCGUGCGUACAACACGAACAAACACGUCAUAGGAUAUACACAAACUACACAAACUAGGCCUGUGUAUACACAAGUUACACAGGCCUAACUGCUGUACAUCAUGUUCAAAAGGAACUAGCACUGUAAAAAUAUAUUUAUUUACAUUUCAUAAUUUUUAAAUCAGUUAAAAAGUUGAAAAUAUCCCAUCUCGACAUUCAGUGAUAUUGCAGCAUUGUAAGUUCUUAUCUUGACAACAUCUAGAUAAGUACACACAUGAAACAUGAUAGUUACAUGCCAUGUGCACACUUGAAUAAAAUGACUUCAGAAAAUACUGUGUUUCUGUACAGACUGUAGUGCUGUUGAGUUAUUAUGCAAGUACCUACGACUACAACUGUCAAACUGAUAAAGGAAUAGUUUGAGCUACCUACAACGGCAUGGUUAGCUUAGCCUACGACCAAUAAGUAAGCACAGUUAGCCUGGCUAGCCCAAUGAUUCAUAAUACAUCAACCAGGAUCUAAAGUAAACUAAUUACCAUGCUAUGUUUUGUUUGUUAAAUCCACACGAAAAUAUUUUUCUAUUCGACUCAUUUUUUGGCCAAGUGCCAAAACAUACCCAGUUGAAAACCAGUUACUCCAAAGGAAUACUUCUAAAACAAAAUGACAAUUUGUAUAUCAAUGAAUCACCCAAUGUUACUAUUGAGUUUUGAGAAAAAUGCCUGCCUUUACGUUCUUAAACUAAAAGGCUUGGAUAAUACUGCAAGAGUUUUUAUAGUGAUAUAUUUUUGCUUUACAGAAAUGUUCUGUAAGAACUCAAGGUAACACAUGGUUUGUAAUUUGUAUACAAGUUGUCAUUUUUGGUGUUUAUUACUCUUCAUAUGAUUAGUAUAUUGCCAUUGUAGGAACACAGUAGGGUUAAAAACUCAGCAGCACCAUUGUCUGAAAGCCUGGAGGUGUACAGAAUCUACUAAUUACUAUCAAAUUUGUUUGAACACUCACAUUAUGUACGGAGACCGUUUUCACACCCAUCUAUCCCUCUUUCUCUUUUCCUCUCUAUUAUCUUACUCUUGUCUUACCUCCAUCCACUGGCACAGUAAUCCCAGGGACGCCGUCUGACUGAUAGGUUAGAAAACAACAUUUGUUGAGUCCCAGCGGCUGUACUCUUUGUCCCUCGCAGCCCAUCAAAGCUAAUGAAACAUAAUUCUGAUGAAGUCUUUAUUCACACCACAGCCAACAUGAGCUCAGUUUCUCUCUCUGUUAUAUCCCAUUCACUCUGGUCCUUCCUCUUUCUCCAUGUCUGUGUUUGUAGGUUGGUAAGUAUGUGUGCUACAGUUCAAAUGUGUAUGUGGCUAACUGGUGGUUUCUGCGUGUGUUGUGUUAAGAGCCAGAAGCAUUAGCUAGGGUAAACUACCCCGCUGUACAGGACUAGCUUCAAGGCACUCAGCUGACACUCAAUCAUAGCACUAGAUUACAUUUUAAUUAAUUUUGCCUUUUAAGACAUCUUGUUGGGACCAUAUCACAGGCAGCUUAUAUUACUUUGAUGGUUUCUUGGUGAGCUUCUGUCUCUAAAACCUACAAGACGCAAGGGGGAGCAGUAUAAUAACAUGCAGUAGGAAUUUUUACCCACAUCGCCAAAAUAAAUCUUAUGGUGUUUGCAGCACAAGUAUAUUAGUAUUUGUGUUAAAUAGGGCUAAAAAUCAAAGGCAACUUUUCUUUUGAAAAGCUGCCAAAAUGGACACAAGUGACAAUUACAGCAUAAUGUUAAAAUGUCACGGAACAGUAGCACAUGAAAGGGAGGAUUCUAAAGUCUUAAUUCAAAACCAAACAUCACCAAAUCACUCAAAGUAAAUGUUAAAAAAGAGGGUUUUUAAAAAGCAUUGGUUUUUCAACUUGUUGUCCAUCCACAACUUAGUUACCCUGGUUACUUACUAGGAAAUUGGCAGAUUUCCAUUGUGGACAUUUGCUUGCAGCGGGAACACAUAUGCAAAUCUAUGUGGAGAUUUAGCUGAGAACAGACUUAUUUUGCGGUGUGAAAUGCAACUUUGAUUUCCUUCAAGAAAACACAGUCUGUCAAACAUUCUUAAAAACAAAAACACAUAUUUUAAGGCUCCUUAUGGCUGAUUCAAAUAAGAAUGACCUUGUGGUGACCAUUAAAAGGACAGAUUGAGCUGCAUUUAUAAUGAGAAGUAUUUCACAUAGGCAAAUCCCUAGUGUAUGGAACUGAGCUAGGGUUAGGGUUAGGCUUAAGCAAAAGACAAAAUAUAUAAAAUGUUCUUACUCUAAGUAGGUAUUUAAAUACUAAUAUCAGUCUUAAUUUAAAUUAUACCUUACCAAAUACAUUUAAAAGUCUUUAGAAGGUACCAACAUAUGGGGUAUUUAAAAGGGUCCUUAGGCUCAAAUGCUGCAUUACAACACGCUCCCAAAGCCAUCUGCCCAGGUUAUACUGAAUGUGUACUUUAUGUGAGUGUGCAUGAAUGUGUGUUGCACUAGGACACUUGGUUAAGACCCCUACUGUUUCUCCCUCCCACCUCCCACGCACAAUCUGCCAAUCGUCUUUGCUGUCUAUAACUGAAGAGACCCAACACACACACACACCAACAAGCACACACACAGUUGUCUGAAGCAAACGUGACUAAGGUAGAUUCUUGGAAGCUCCAUUAUGGUCUUCUGAGGGAUCAUGAUGAAACACGUUGUAACUUCCUGUCAUAUAGACAUGCAGAACAGAGGGGCCACAGUGGCCCCCGGUGCCACAGUGACUGAACUGAAUAUCUCUGUCAGUUCUCCAGUUCUCAGUAGUGUCUCUCGCUUGCUCUCUCUCUCUGUCCCUUCUUCCUCUAUAGCCUCCACAUGAAAUCUCUCCACAACUCACCAUUAAGACAUUGAUAUCAUUUUCUAUGGGGCUAUUUUGUUCCAAGGAUACCAAUUUGGCCCAGUCAACAUCUGCUUUAUGUUUCUGUACAAACCAAUCUUUUGCUCCUCUCUUCACCCCCCCCCCUCGUAGACCAGCAGGCACCGUGGUCUUUGUCUUUCUCUCUUCUUUCUGUCCCCUCUUCUUCUUUAAUUUAUUGUGAAUUGAUUUCCAAGGUCGUUUCGCCUCUGUCGCUGAUGAUAAGGUUUUCUUUUUCUGUCUUCCUUUUUGUAAAAUUGACCUUUUUUUGUUAACUUUAGUCACUGCUAAUGUAACAAAACGCACUGUGAUGAUUCCAGUAUUAAUAAAAGUUGUACUUAAACUGUG